CGAACAAUCACAAAAUCAAACAAUGGCCGACCUCGAGCGCGCAGCCCCCUCGACAACAGCCUAUGUUGUCGCCACGGCCAUCAUCGCCGGCAUCACGGGCUACUUCAUCGGCCAGGGCUCCUCGCUCGGCCUCUUCUCCAACAAAGAGAAAGAAGGGUGGCCGAACAGCUACAAUGUGAAGGUGCACCGCGACUCGUCCGACGAGGAGUUUGAGGAUGAAGAGGCAGAAGAGGAGGAGGACAGCGAGGACGAGGGCGAUGGGUCCGAGCUGGCGAGUUUCGACAACACCGCCGAGGAAGUCAAGUUGGUGCUGGUUGUGAGGACGGAUUUGGGAAUGACCAAGGGCAAAAUCGCCGCCCAAUGCUCCCACGCCACCCUGGCGUGCUACAAGUACCUCACAACGUACACGCCCAACUCGUCGUUGCUCCGUCGCUGGGAGUCACAGGGCCAGGCCAAGAUCGCGCUGCAGGUCAAGUCCGAGGAGGAGAUGGAGACGCUGUAUGCGCAGGCCAUCAGUCUGGGCCUCUGCGCGCGCGUGAUCACGGAUGCCGGGCGGACGCAGAUCGCCAGUGGGAGCCGGACGGUGUUGGGGGUCCUGGGACCCAAGAGCGUUGUGGAUGGGGUGACGGGUCAUCUGAAGCUGUUGUGAUAGAAGAAGACAUCUUCUUGUUGGUGAGGAUUCGUCGUCCUUUACGGGGUCUGGUGGGAGGAUUUAUGAGAAGAGCCAUGGAACAAAAACUACUACAGAGGAGUAUCUAGGUAACCUUGCGGGCGUGAUAUGAUGGCUGGACAGCGUUGCAGGGAGCUGCUUAUGUUUGGCCUGGCCUCAAGUCGUGAGCAUUGUUGUUGUGAGGUUGAGGAACAGUAUGGGCGCGUAGUAGCAUCUCUUGUUGCGAAAAACGGUCUUGCGCUUCUGAGCCGACAGAAUGUGGCCGCAAGAUCUACCUGCACAGUCCGCAGCACACUUGCAAGAUAGCGCAUAGCGCAUAAAUCCCAUAUAGACAAGACAGGGCUGGUAAGCCGCUGUCAGGAACAUGAUCAUUUACAGAUAGACUACGAUUGCGCCGAGUUCACAUAAGAAAUCCUAUGGCAUAAUC